GGAAAAGCGCGUGUUGUAAGAGCGGCUCUUUCUACUUUGGAUUGUUUUCGUUGUUCUCGCGUUUGGUUCGCACGUGAAAUCAAAUAGAUUAUAGCAUUGAAUUUGGUUGUAGCUAGUCGUAGUUUCAAAAACUAUUAAAAUGUCCUCGGAACAAACCAAAAUUCCAGUUUCGAUUUCACUUUAUCAGGAUACCGUGUACGAGCUGGAGACGGCAAUUGAGAAUGCCGCAAAGUCAAACUACCAUUCGAUUACGAUUCCAAUAGUUCAUCGCCGCUUUGAUAGGGAGUUUGUAGAAGAACCUUUGAAAUCAAGUCAUAACCGGUUCACACGGUCAGAUUUGCUGCUAACUUCGUCUCAAUGGCUCAAUCGAGUGAUUUGCAGGCUAAGCAAUAAUGUGGAUUGUGAUUCGAAGGAUGAAAACGUUCGAAAACACGGUGAAGCGACGAUGAUUCAGGAAAUUUCGUAUGCAGAGCAUUUGGUCCAGAGUGGAUACAUUUUGUUACAACUAAAAAACGAGAACUGUGCCAACCUGGCCCGAAUUGUGAGUUUUGGAUUGAAGGGUGUUUUGCUUGUGGGCCUACCGAUGGUGAACCCGAAGAUAACUCACGAAACUUGGCGAAAUGACUUAGAUGGUGGGACUCACGCUAAUGAUCCAUGGAGUUGGUGGAACAAUUUUCGUUCGUAUGCCGACUACGACAGUCACGUUAAGGUAGCCUUGGAGUUUACAGCGGACAUUCCUAAAAAGCAAGAAAUUUAUCGCUGGCUGGGAGAGCCGGUAGAUGCCAUCGUGUUAUCGUCGAAUAUUUUCUUAACCAACUCCAACAACUAUCCGGUUUUGUCAAAGGCUCACCAGGAGCUGUUAGUUUUAUUUCAUCGUACGCUGGGCUGCCAUUUUAUAUUGAAGGCGAAUCCAGAGGACAAAAGACUUGCCCACUAUGCGGACUACAUCAAGUACAUUAUUAGGGGGAAUUACGUAAAAGAUCCUAUGCAAGGAUACGACGAUUUGUUGGAAAUUCCGUUACAGCCACUGUACGACAACCUGGACAGUUUUACGUACGAGGUAUUCGAAAAAGAUCCGGUAAAGUACAUCUUGUAUCAGAAUGCCAUUGAAGAAGCAUUACGAGACCGAGUUUCGACGGAAGAGCUAGAAACUCGCGUAUCCAUUAUUAUGGUUGUCGGGGGAGGGCGCGGUCCUCUUGUUCGUGCCGCACUCAAUGCUUCAGCCAAAAGUAAGCGGAAGAUUAAGAUCUAUGUGAUCGAAAAGAACCCAAACGCGAUUGUAACUCUUAGCGCGUUGAUUGACGAACUGUGGAAGGAUAAGAACAUUGAGCUUAUCUCAACAGAUAUGCGUGAGUUUGAUCCUCCUGAGAAGGCGGACAUUCUGGUUUCUGAACUGUUGGGGUCAUUCGGAGAUAACGAACUUUCACCAGAGUGUCUGGACGGGGCACAGAAACAACUCAAGCCUGAUGGAAUUAGCAUUCCUUGUAAAUCUACAUCUUAUCUCAAUCCGGUAAUGACAUCGAAAAUCUACAACCAAAUCCGGUCACUGGAAAAGUGUUCCCAUACUAAGGAUCGUAUCGUGACAUCUCGUUAUAUGGAGGGCUCGUACGUUGCGUAUCUUAAGAACGUAUACCACAUCGACAACCCUCAGUCGUUGUUCGAAUUCGUACAUCCGAAUUUGGACCGCGUGAUUGAUAAUUCUCGCUUUAAAACGCUACGAUUCAAGGCAUCACUGGAUUGCGUGAUGCAUGGGUUUGCUGGUUAUUUUGAUACCAUUCUCUAUAAAGAUAUUACGGUCAGUAUUCAUCCGUUCACGCACACCCGGGGGCUGGGUUCCUGGUUCUCGAUGUUCUUCCCGCUUUUCGAGCCAAUGCAAAUUCGGAAGGGAGAUGAGAUUGUGGUCAAUUUUUGGAGGUGUGUUGCCUCACACAAGGUGUGGUACGAGUGGAACGUUACAACCCCAAAGCAAACUCACAUUCACAACGUACAGGGACGAGGGCAACCAAUAUGGAAGUAGAAAUGUAUACUUUAAGUUAAUGACCAAGAUCACCAAUGAAUUCACCUAUAAAAAUAAUGGUAAUUGUACAGUUUAAGAUAUAUCACU